GUGCUCGGGUGUAACUAAGGCCGAGUUAUUCCGCAGUGUGUUCAAUCUAUUCCUUCCCCGGAGGCGGAAUUUCCGCUCAGGUUUCUCUGUGAGCUGAAGAAGUUCAUAAAGGGAGAAUCUGCUGCUUUCAUUACGAGGGUUUAUAAAUGUUUACAGGGCAUGUUUUGGAAAUUAAUUCGUCUGUUUUAUCAUUAGAAUGUUUUGGACAGAAGUGCUUGCGAACCGUGCAGUGAUAAGUUGGCUCUUUACUGAACUCGAGCAGCGAUAUUUGAAUUGCUGUUGCGGUCCUUGUGUUAUGAGAUAAUUAAGGAAAAUCUGGGUUUGAUUGCAUGUCCGUUUAUUUCAUUCCUUCUGUAAAUUGGCCUGAAAAUGCCUGCCGGGUACAAUCGAGAGAAAACAAUGAAGAUGAAAACUGCAAAGGCUUCAAAAGUGCUCUCUUCAGGAAGGUUAGUAGGCUCUUCAAAGCAAUGGAAUGGAAAAAAGAGAAACAUAGGAGGAAAAGCUUCAGUAGUCUCUGUAGAGCCUGGUUAUUCGCUGUAUUCCACUGAUUCUGAGGAUCAGGUUACAGACAUUCAUAAAGGCCUUGACCGAUGUGCAGCUUUAUUGCAGGAUAUUUUGAAAAAUGAGACCACAGGAAAGGCAAAUGUUACAAAAGUAAAAGUGACAUCAGGCAAAGAAGUCACCAAAAAGGAAGUCAAGAAAAAUGGCUCAACUUCUUGUGUUCCACGUGUGCAAAAAGAAGUUGUUUCAGCACCAACAUUCAAGGUGACACCUGACACAGCAGAAGUAAAUGCGAAGAACACUGAGCAUGUGUCAACAAUUCAAGAGUUUAGAAUUCCUUCAGGCCAACAUUCUCCUCUUGUAGCUCAAUGCCUUUCUGAUCAUGUAGAGACACAAAUGAGUCUUCUAAAUAGCCAUGUUCCAGUAAAUGCCUCCAAUGGGAUGCCAGCUAGACCUUGCAACACACCUUUGGACUCUGUAUCUCAUUCUGCUCCAACAUUUAAUUGUCGACUCACCACUUCUACACCAGCUAUGUCUCCUAAGAAUGCUGCUCAUCCAUUACUAGUUCAACAUAAUAUUUCCGGUAACACUUGCAAUCAACCUGUUUCUCAAAAAGGAUUGAACUUUCUGCCAGCCUGUUCAAUUUCAGCUACCCUUGCCCCUACUGUGACAACAUGUACUUUGGCUCAUCUGGUUUGUGACAGUGGUGAUGGAAGACACAUCUUGAAUAACCAAGGCCCACAACAAUGGAAGGAACAAGAACAACCAAAGUGUAUCCAAUGCUACAAAACCCAAAUGGAGCAGCAAGGGAAAGAGCCCCAUCAUGUGGCUCAGAAAGCACAGAUGCAAUCACAAGAGAAUAACAAAUCAGACGUUGAGCACACUGAUGAGAUUACAGUUGAAGAAGUUCACAUCAAUUUACUGGAUGUUACACCAGUAAAGGACACUAUUGGCCAGAGCAAUUUUGCCAUUCAUGCAAGAUCAAAGAAACAAAGUCCUGACAAAACAGCCAAGAAAGUUAAAACUGUCAGAUAUCUUCUGAGUGAACUUAAGGCUCUGGUUGCUGAUCAAGAUGACUCUGAAGUUCUCAGGUUGAUAAUGGAGCUGGAGGAUAGCAUCUCUCUACUGCCAACUGUGAUUGGAAGCACUAACAUACAAGCAGAAAUUGCAAUGAGUCUUCAACCUCUACGCAGUGAGAAUGCACAACUUCGCAGACGGUUAAGAAUAGUCAACCAACAACUUCGAGAACGAGAAAAAGCUGAAAAAGAUUCCAGAUCUACAGAUUGCAACUUUGAAGUGAUCUCCCUUCAGUCCAUGAAUACAACAUUGCAGGCCCAGCUGAGAGAGUCAUUGAAAGGUCUUGAGUCUUUGCAAAGGAAAAAUGAAGAGUUACUAAAUGUGAUAGGCAGUCAAAGAGAGCAGAACAAGCAAUUACUCCGGCAGGUGCAAGGGAAAGAACAGGAUCUGUUCCAGAGUAGACAACAGUGUGAGAUGGACACAACUCGAGUCAAAAUGGAAGUAGAUGAAGCCUUAACCAAAAUGAGGAAAAUUCAACUAAAACUGGAGGCAUCUGAGAAAGAAAAUCAAAUCUUGGAAAUAACAUUACGUCAACGUGAUGCAGAAGUGAUCAGGUUGCGUGAACUAACCAGAACUUUGCAAGGCAGUAUGGAAAAACUUCUUUCUGACCUUAGUAUGGAUUUUGUGAAGCCUAAGUCCAGACUGACCAGAAACCUCCUUCAAGAAUAUGAAAAGCAUCUUCAAGAUGAUCCUGGCUUGAGCUCUGUGGCAGCUUAUCUUAAAAAUCUGAACACUAAUUCUGUCCAUGACACACAUGCUUUAUCAUUGCUGUAUAAAGUACCUGAAUCUGAACAGUGCAACACACCUGUUCAACCCAAUUUAACUGCUGUAGCAACCAGAAUAUCUCAAAAUAAUGGCCUGUCAGAAAAGUCUUCGCCCUCAAGUUUUUCUAGGUAUAGUGCACAGACUGAAUGUCAUAAUAUAAAGCAUGAAGACUCAAAUCUGGAUGAAACCACUUACAUUCCAUUAGUUGGCAAUGCAUCCAAGCAAGGCAAUGAACCAGUGAGGAGGGAAUGUAUACCAGUGCAAUCAUCUACUACAUUAAAUAUGUUGCAUUAUGAUAGUGGAGAUUCAUGUAAUGGACUGGUAGUAAUGCCAUGCCAUGAUGAGUUGGAAAAGCCAGAGGUGAUUGCUGAAGAAAUACCCAUCACUGAUAAGCUGAAGGAAAAGACAGUACCGAGAGAGUGUUCAUCAGAAAUGGGAGUAUCAAAAAAUAAUCACGUCCCAAUGAGGCCUUUGGACAAUAUUGUUGGCCUUUCCAAAUCCAAUUUUGAUGCAUGUACUACUUCAGCACUGAGAAGUGGGCCACAAUUACAGACAGACACUGUUUCAGCAGUUGAUUCAAGUUUCUCAAGUAUUGAUUAUAGAUACCAAAAAUCUAAUUGUAGCAUGUCAUCGUUUUCUUCAUUUAAUUCUUGGGAUGAGCAAAAUUUCAGGAAUAGUUUAGCAGCCCUGGAUGCUAAUAUUGCAAGAUUACAAAAGAGCUUACAGGUUGAUAUUGAAAUAAAUCGACCUCAAAAUAUUUAGUGUAUAUAAAAUGUAUAUUUAUGCAAUGAAUGGCUCUUGUAUUAGACAGGUUUUUAAUAAUUUUACCAAUUUUUUUGCAAUCAUGAAUGUUUUGGGGGAUUUUUGUAAUUAAAGAAACAGAUUUUCUGAAAUUAAAAUUUAAUGUUUUUGGAAUUCAGAGCU